GUGCACAUUAGAGUUUUAUUAAGAUGGAUAUAUAAACUACAUUACCCAGAAACCCUUGCAUGGACGUGAUUGAUCCGCUGAAAAAUGACGAGCUGUGACGCAACCUGCCGGCGCGCGGGACUUUUCAGCAUAUGAUUCCGACUUUAUCGAGGUAGAAACUCAAUUAUCUCUGGGGUGGUACAGACCGGGAUGGCAGGGGUGUUGGAGCACCCGGGGUAUGAUGGAGAGAAGCUGCGGAGAGCGUCGAAGCAGCUGCCCUGCCGGGAGGUCCAGGCUGGGAUGCUGCUGUCGCUCAUGGGGGAGCCGCAGCAAUUCUGCUACCCCUCACUCUUCAUCUACGGUCAUCGAGCAUCAGGAAAAAGUCAUGUGGUGAACGUUUUAAUGAAGGAACUGGAGCUUCCUCAUGUCACUGUCAGCUGUGUGGAAUGCGUCUCCGUUGCGCUGCUGUUUGAACAAGUGCUGGUGUCUUUCUUCGGUUGCGACGCUGCAUCGCUGCUCCCCCGCAGUCCUUCCCUCUCGGACUUCGUUCGCAUUUACAAACAGCAAACCUCCAAGUUUCCCAGCCAGCAGACGCGAUACAUCGUAAUGGAGCAAGCUGAACUUCUGAGAGACGCCAACGUCAAUCUUCUCCCUGCUCUCCUCCGCCUGCAAGAGCUGGUGGAGGACAACGUCAGCGUCAUCCUGCUGAGCGAAAUCGUUUGGGACAAGUUCAGACCAAACUCCGGCUGCUUCGAGCCUCUGCUGCUCCACUUCCCCGACUACAGUAAAGCUGAGCUGCUGCACAUCUUAUCUGCACACAGACAUCCUUCACAUUCAGCAGAGUUUUACUCCUCCUACAUCAACAUCCUGCUGGGAGUUUUUUACACCGUCUGCCGGGACCUCAGAGAGCUGCAACACCUGGCGGCGCUCAACUUCUCAAAGUUCUGUGAACCAGUCGCAGCGGGGAAAGUAAAAGAGACGGAAACACACAAGCUGUGGAAAAACAUCGAGCCUCAUCUGAAGAAAGCCAUGCAGACAGUUUACCUUCGAGAGGUUUCCAGUCUUCAGUGGGAGCAAAUGGAUGAACACGAGACCGGAGCCCUGAGAGGUUUAUCAGCUCACACUCAUGUUGAGCUUCCAUAUUACUCCAAGUUCCUGCUAAUCGCCGCCUAUCUGGCCUCCUACAACCCCGCCCGCACAGACAAACGCUUCUUCGUUAAGCAUCACGGAAAAAUAAAGAAAACAAACUUCUUGAAGAAAAAUGAAAAGACCAGUAACCACCUUCUGGGGCCGAAGCCUUUCCCUCUGGACCGCUUGCUGGCCAUUUUCUACAGCGUGGUGGACAGCCGGGUCGCUCCGACCGCCAGCAUCUUCUCCCAGAUCUCGUCUCUGGUGACGCUGCAGCUGCUGACUCUGGUCAGCCACGACGACCAGCUCGAUUCUCCAAAGUACAAAUGCGCCGUUUCCCUGGACUUCAUCUCUGCCAUCUCCAGGACGGUGAACUUUGAUAUUGUGAAGUAUCUGUAUGAUUUCCUGUGAGGCUGCGGCGCGUGAAGGAGAGGCGACACGCGGUGACAAGGUACGGCCUCCCGUUACGUUGGAGCCAAACCAAACAGAAAAUCCCAGUUUUACAUAUAGAAGAGCUUUUUUCCAAAGAGGUGGUGUUGUGAAGGAGGGCGAAGCAGCUAAACGCUGUGCCUCCUGUUGUGGAUCAUCGCCAUGAUGUGACGAAGGUCCAAACUCUUCAUCAUCACCUCCAUGAAAUCUUCGUCACUGCGAGCGCCUUCCACGAACUCCUCCAAAGACAGCUCACCUGUUCAGAGACACAUUAAUGCUUUAAAAUAUUCGUUUUCUGAUUCAGGACUGGACUUUUAGAUCGUCAUGGCAACAAGAAAAUAAAGUGAUUUAACUGAACCUGCAGUGUAGAAAAAACACAAAUUAUUUAUUAAAAAUUACAGAUAUGUACAUAAACUCUAAACAAAAAUUAUGUUCUAUUUUGCGACAUUAAAUUGAACAAAACUUCCUUUUCUUGCAUCAAUUAUGAUUAUAAAAAUUAUGUCCACUUGCUAAAAGCCAGACAGAGUGUAAAAGUUAUGAAUUUUAUUUUAGAAAGUAUUUUCCCUACAAAUACAAUUUAGAAAUUACAGUGGGUGUACUUUCUUUUUCUCCAUACUAAAAACUACAAGAAAAUCCAAAGCACCAAACUCAAAAACAAUUAAGCAUUAAUCUUGUAUUUUACAUAAAGUUUUAUGCUUAAAAUUGACAUGUUUAUUCCUUUUUCAAGAUAGAUUAUUACAUUGAAUUAGCUAAAAUGAAUAAAAAAUAUUGUUUAAGGACAGAAUUUUGUUAAAUGUUUUUGUUUUUAUUAGUUUUAUGAAAUAUUUUAGUCUUAAAUGUAGUGUUUUUGUUAACUG